ACGGCGGCACUGCGAUCUUUAGUGCUUUCAAUUCAAGCCGAAGCACUCUAUUUGGCGGACAAGGUGGAGCCGCCCGGACCGGGACGCCAGUUCACUCUUGGACGCAAUUUUUACGACUUGUGGAUUAAAUACUGGUGAAAAAGUGAAGGCACCGAUCAAGCCGUAAACAUUUCUUUUGGAUUAUUCGAAACUUUACUUUGGGAAAAACACGGAUCUCUUAACAUUUUGUUUUAACUCUUAACGCCCGGAGGAAUUUACUGCACUGGGCACAGCUCAUCGCGGCUUUAACAUUACUUUGUGUGACUCGGAGAAGUUCGGCGACAACUGAUGUACAGAAAACGGACACAAUGUCGUUAGUACACUGGGCGAGUCUAGAAGUUCACUAAUUCUAAUGUCUGUGUGUGCUGACCUCUUUCCAUGCUCACGAUGGAAAAACCUGGACGCUUCUUGUCGCUUACUGCAGUUCUGGCAUUAAUACGCACGCGCUUUCAGGUUCAUUGUAUAAAUUCUCCUUCAUUGGAUCACCCAGGUUUUAAUGUGUUUGUGUCUGCCUCACACUACUGGCCCUUGGAUAUGCAAGAUGGAUCUAAAGAACAACUGCACACGAUUGGAAAUCGAACAGCUCUUGUUAAUGGAAAAAAUAUAUCUCUCAGAAUCCACAACUACACUGUGCUCUCCUCACAUAACUCUACCUCUGUAUAUGCCAAUGACUCUGCCUACACUAACCUUUCUGCAACCGUAGUAGACAUUGUUGCAGAAAUCAUUAGCCAAGGAAUUUAUGUCAACAGUGAUGACGGAGAGAAGUUUUUGCACUUUGGGAACAGCAAAAAUUCUUGCAUCAGUGAUCUGGCAUUCUGUUCACCAGAAGGUGUGACAUUUUCCUUUUUCUGGAAAAAACAAGAAUCACCAUCCACCUCCAAAAAUCCCUCUGUGGGAAAAAUAAUAUCCAGCAGUUUUUCUGUCUGUAUUGGUGGCCCAGAUGGUGACGUGGAAUUCUUCACUCAUCAGAAAACCCAUAUUUGGAGAGCUCAGUUCAGUCCUUCAGAUUCCUACUGGACAAACAUUCUGUUCACAUGGACACAAAACGGCGGCUUGAAAGUUUUCAUUAAUGCCACCAGUACUGCCAAUGAUACUACUGGGAAAGUAUCAGAGAACUAUAUGAACUCUUGUGCAAACCAAGCCAACCAAGAAGACAACAGCCAUUACUAUGGUCACUUUGUUACUGGUUCAUUUGAUGAGUUCAUAAUUUGGGAACGAGCCUUGACACCAGAAGAAAUUGAGCUGUACUAUAAGGCAGCAACAGGCAUUCCUGUAACUAUAGCUACCUCAUCAUCUUUUGCAAACUCUACAAGUGCGCCACUGGAUCUAUUGAUGUCAACAGAUGCCUAUCAUCCCAUAAUCACAAAUUUGACUGUGGAAAUUCAAAAUUUCCGAUAUCAUGAACCAGUGCUCGGUUUCCUGGAAUCUGUUUCAGUUAAGCUGCCAAACAAAACUAUACCACCGGAGACAGCUUCCAACCUAACAGAGAUUUUCCUAAACAGUGUGGAUGAAGUACUUUCAUUACCCAGCUGGACUGAUGUUCCUGAGUCAUACAUGGUUGUCAGUGGUUUGAUUGAAACAGUUGAUAAAGUCAUGGUGCAUAUGGUCAUCAAUCUCGAAGAGAAGCAGUCUACUGUUAUCUCCAUUGAGGGUACAACAAGUGUGGCAGAUUAUUCUCUGAUGAAACUGCCACAGACUGUGAACCCAAGCAACUAUCGCUUCCCUGCACAGGGCAAGAACUACAUCUCGGUUCCUGCUGAAGCAUUCAACCUGAAACAUCAGACUACCAUUGUGGGCCUGUUUUAUCACAAAAUGCACAGAUGUUACCAGAAGAUCAACCCUCUUAGUACAAACAUUAAAGAAGCAGCUGCCUUUAAAGACUACCGUAUCACAGCCACAAGUUACAUCAUCUCCUUAAAAGUGGAUCCUCCCCCGGCCUUGUCUGUCAACCUGUCAGGGAAUCCUCUGAUCAAAAUCGUCCUGAUACACGUUCUGAAUGGAGAACAAUACAGUCUGGCUUCCAAUCAAACCAACAGAGUAUUCCUCUACUGUGCAUAUCUCAACUAUAGCUCUGGAAGUGGAGUAUGGUCCAAUGAAGGCUGCGUCAGAACAGGAGGAAACCUGUCCUUUUCAAUCUGCCUGUGCAACCACCUGACUAACUUUGCCAUCCUCAUGCAAGUGGUGCCACUGGAGCUUGCACAGGUUCACCAGGAGGCACUCUCUCUUAUCAGCUACGUGGGCUGUUCCAUUUCCAUCUUCUGCUUGGGCAUCACCCUUGUCACCUUUGCUAUUCUGUCGUCAGUGAGCACAAUCCGUAACCAGCGCUACCACAUCCAUGCAAAUCUCGCCUUUGCUAUCCUAGUAGCCCAGAUCCUCCUACUCAUCAGUUUCCAAUUUGUUCCAAGUACGCUUCCCUGCAAAAUAAUGGCAGUGCUCCUUCACUUUUUUUUCCUGAGUGCCUUUGCAUGGAUGCUGGUGGAAGGCCUUCACCUCUACAGCAUGGUGAUCAAAGUCUUUGGAUCGGAGGAAAGCAAGCACAUAUAUUACUAUGGAGUAGGCUGGGGAGCACCACUAGUCAUUUGUAUUGUUUCGAUUACUUCAUCUUUACACAGUUACGGAGAUGUUGGAAACUGCUGGCUUUCUCUGAAGACUGGAGCAAUCUGGGCAUUUGUGGCACCAGCCUUGUUUGUGAUUGUGGUAAACAUUGGCAUUUUGAUAGCAGUAACAAGAAUCAUCUCCCGAAUCAGUGCAGAUAAUUACAAAGUACAUGGAGAUGCAAAUGCAGUCAAACUCACUACUAAAGCUGUGGCCGUGCUUCUACCAAUCUUAGGAAUCUCUUGGAUUUUUGGGGUGCUUGCAGUGAAUGAACAAGUUCUUGCAUUUCAAUACAUGUUUGCAGUAUUCAAUUCUCUGCAGGGAUUCUUCAUUUUUCUCUUCCAUUGUCUUCUUAACUCUGAGGUCCGAGCCGCCUUUAAGCACAAAACCAAAGUUUGGUCUCUAACCAGCAGCUCCAUUAGGAAUGUCAAUGUAAAACCUUUCAAUUCAGAUGUGAUGAAUGGAAACAGACCAGGUGCAACUCCAACCAAAAUGAAUACGUGGGAUAAAAGCACAAACUCAGCCAAUCGUAUUGAUCUAUCUGCAGUGUAACACAGGUGACACCAGGAUAUUUGCUUUUGGACUUCUGACAUAAAAGAAAAAAAAAAACUAAAAACAAUUUGAAUGGAAAUGGAAUCUGGCACUGAAAAGUGUAUGUGAAGAAGUACAACUCAACAACAUAUGACUUGAUUAAAUUCCUUACAACCAGAGUUACUGAGAAGCUCUAGAAACACUUUUUAUUUUUUGUAGGCUGCUAUCACAUCAUGGUUUUUACUGUAAUAAUUAUUACUAUUACUAUUAUUUUUAUUAUGUGUGCUCAAUUGGAUAGUCAGUGUGUCAUUAUUCUUUAACAGAGGUGUCUGGUGUCUUUUAUCCAGAAGCCUUCAUGUUUUCAAAAAAUUGAUUAAAUUUGAGGAAAGUAUAUUUUUACAGGUUAGCUAAUCACUUUGGUUAAGAUGGGAAGCCAAACAUAAAAGACUUUUCUAAAUGUAACUGACUACAGCUGGCAUUUCAGCUUUGCCGCCACCUGAUUGCUGAUUCUGUCAGACAUUUUGGUUAUUUAUAUUAUAAACAAAUUCUAGCGUAAAUCUAAAGUGCCUUGUUAAAUCUCUGAGCCUUUAUUUCUAUAGUGUCUUUCAUCAUAUAUAUUUUUAAUGAAAGCCAUUCACAAUAAACCAAGUUUAACUACAAAUAACACUGCUUUAAACAUGUAGGAAGAGAAUAAUGAACUAAUAUAACUUGUUUCUUUCUAUAACAGUCGAAGUAUUACAAUAUUACAGAGAAAAGUGGAGUAGCCCUAUUUAGGAUAGUAAAACCUUAUUAAACAGGGCAUCAAAAAGUAUUAACACAAGAUUUGUGUAAAAAACAAAAGUAAAGCAAAAUUAAGUAUUAGUAAUCACCCUUGUAAUUUUAGCUGUUCUAAAAAAACAUGGCUCCUUGAUGGUUAACAAAAAUGGUUAGAUUGCUGAAACAAAUCAUUCAGAAUGUCAGAGUGGUUACUGAUGAUUCCUCCAAGUAACUUGGAUUUGUUUCCCUGUUGCAAGUUUUGUGUAAAGUUUGAAGUCAAGCCUAUUUUCUCCAGACACUGUCAGUUUCUUCCACAUAUCAAAGAGAUGUAUGUUUGAAUAAAUGGAUGCUCUAAUUUGGGCCAGAGUAUGCCAGUGUAUGUUGAACAUGACCAAGAAUAGAUAAUCAACACUUGCAUAUGAUGAAGACUGGAAAGGCUCAGUCUUCCUGUAUUUCUGUAGUAAGUAAAGCAGAUUCAGAAAACGAAUGGAUAGAUUAAAUAAAUCAAGGUAAUAAU